CCUCUCUCCGUCCGGUGCUUGUGUCUCCAGCCGGCUUCUUCCUCCCCUCCUUGUUUCAUGGCGGGGAAGGGUGGGGCGAUGAUGCCCAUAGCCCGUCCAAUUUGACCCAUGCCGUCCUGGACCUAUAUCAUACGCACACGCGCGCUCUCUACCGCUCCCACCACGCUCUCCCGCAACCUCGUCUCGUCCCGUCUUCUGCUUUUUGCUCGCCUGCGGUGGGAGGGAGCUUUUCGCUUUGGUUUAGGUGCUUCUUUCCCACUCACCACUUUCCCCCCUCUCUCCUCCGCCCUGCGUGCGGUGUCACGCACACCAAAAGCUCCUGCCUUUGCCUUAUCUCAGCACCGGCACCACCCUGCCCCCGCCCCUAGUGGGAUUUGGUGGGAGCUGCUCUGCUCGCUCCAGCUACUUGCCUCCCUCGCGCGCUUCUUUGCUCCGCUGGUGUCACUCUCGCCUCGUCACCGCACCUCACCUCGCCGCACCGCACCGCACGCACGCGCGCGCUCGCGGCGCUCUUCCCUUCUCCUCUCUUCCCGGUGGGCUCGGAAUUCGGACUAUUUCUUGGUUGCGUCUGCUUGGGGCGCGGCGAGCGGCGGAUCUUUUGCGGAAUUCCGGCGGGGAAAGGGCGGGGGAUGAACUCGGGCAGCCGGACCAGCUGCCGCCGGCCACGGCGGGCUUCCUCAACCUCAACUGGGACAGCUCCAUGGACGCCUCCCAUCCGAUGGCCUCCUCGCCGGCCUCCAACUCCGCGGCGGCCACCGAGGGGCUCGCGCUCCACGGGAUCUCGCCGCGGCCGCAGCCGCACUACGGCGCCGGCGGCACGCCGCUCGGCUCGCCCACCAAGCUCAACCUCUCCAUGAUGGGCCAGUACCGCCACCACCACCACCACAGCCCCUACCCGCCGCCGCCGCCGCAGGUGGGCGGCGCCGGCCUGCCCACCCUGGAGAACCUCAUGCCCAUGGGCUCCCUCGACCAGUUCCUCGCCGACCCGGGCUUCGCCGAGCGCGCCGCCAGGCUCUCCGGGUUCGGCCCCGCGCAGUUCGGCCUCCCGGACGACGGCCCCGUCGGCGCGCUCAAGGAGCUGGAGCUCGGGAGCGCCCGGGACGACUCGUCGGUGUCCGAUCCGGCGUCGGCCGGCGCCGGGAUGGCGCUCAAGGGCGCCUCCGACGGCAAUGCCAGGAAGCGGAAGGCCGGUGGCGGCGGCAGCAAGGGGAAGGGCAAGGACGCCUCCGUGUCCACCACCUCCGCCAAGGAUCUCCUCGCCAAGGAGGACUCGGCGUCGAAGCGCUGCAGGUCCAUGUCCAUGGAGGAGGCGGAGGAGAAUUCCGGCAAGGGGAAGGCCGCGCAGAGCAGCAGCGAGAACGGCGGGAGGAGGCAGGGCAAGGACGGCGCGUCCAAGCUCCCCGAGCCGCCCAAGGACUUCAUCCACGUCCGGGCGCGGCGCGGCGAGGCCACGGACAGCCAUAGCCUGGCCGAGAGGGUGAGAAGAGAGAAGAUCAGCCAGCGGAUGAAGCUGCUGCAGGACCUGGUGCCCGGCUGCAACAAGGUGGUGGGCAAGGCCGUGAUGCUGGACGAGAUCAUCAACUACGUGCAGUCGCUGCAACGGCAAGUCGAGUUUCUGUCGAUGAAGCUGGCGACGGUGAACCCGCAGCUGGACUUCAACAGCCUGCCCAGCCUCCUUGCCAAAGAUAUGCAGCAGCAGUCGUGUGGGCAGCUGCAGCAGGGCUCGUCGCAUUUCCCGCUGGACGCGUCGGGCGCGCCGCUCCCCUACAUGGGGGGCCAGGGGAGCAGCGACCCUCUCGGCUGCGGCAUGUCCGACGGCGGCGGCAUGGGCGACGACCACGGCGCCAUGCACCCGCUCGACCAGGCCUUCUGCCGCCCCAUGGGCUCCCAGCAGCAGCACUUCCUCAGCGACGCCGCCUCUCAGGUUGGGGCCUUCUGGCAGGAUCUGCAGAGCGUGGUUCAGAUGGACAUGGGGCAGAGCCAGGAGAUCGCCACCUCCUCCAACAGCUACGACGGCUCGUUGCAGACGGUCCACAUGAAAAUGGAGCUUUGACAUGAUGAUCGCCGGGGAGAAAGCUUGAUCCGACUACCACCGACCGCCCUCGACGACCCCCGCUGUACAUAGGGAGAAGCAAAGGCAGGCAGGCAGUCAGUCAAGCUUGCCAUUGAACCAUCCAUGGAAGCGCUCUGAGAUUCAACCUAACAGUGUUGGGCCCUUCUGGUGUAAUGAUUCUUUUGAACAAGAAAGGGACCCGGCCGUGCAACAGUAGCUUAGGCUAGCUCAGCGUAUCAUCAUCAUCAUCAUCAUCUCCUUUCUUGUGCUAAGCUGCUAGCAAGAUCGAUGGGUACAUAGCAUGGCUUGCGCAUGAAUCCAUCCUCGGCCACCCUUCGUGCCCAUUCCCCCUCAAAUGAGAGGGGAUCGCAUUGGAGAUGUGUAAUAGUAUCAUUUGUACUGCCAUUAUUAUAUAUAAUAUAUAUAUAUUUCUAGCCUAUAAA